GUAUUUCGCCUUCGUCGGGUAUAGCAAGCGUUGAGUUGAUGCAUGGACGAUUGUGAGUUGUCAGCGACCGCACACAGAUAUUGGCGCUCGGCCAUUUAUUGAAUCCAUCUUAGUAUAGCAGCUAAUGCUUGCAGCCGGGAGCGCAGCUGCAGCGCGUUCGGCAGGCAGCAGCUUGUGUGCUCGCGGUCGGCGGGUGCCAGUCGCAGCGUCCGCAAAGACCCCAGGCCCGCCGGGCCCACUCCUCCGGGCUCCCGCGCGGCCCCCUCGCCCAGACAUGACGCGGAUACCCAAGCUCAUUGCGUUUGACCUGGAUGGGACUUUGUGGUGGCCCGAGAUGUACAUGUUGGACGGCGGCGCGCCCUUCCGCCGGGACAAGUCGGGCGCGGUGUUUGACAAGCGCAACGAGCGCAUCGAGCUCAUGGGCGCGAGUGAGGAGGUGUUGCGGGAGCUGGCCACAGACCCCAAAUGGAAGGACACAGAGAUUGCCUACGUGAGCCGUACCGAGUACCCGGAGUGGGCCAUCCCCUGCCUCAAGACCUUCCUGGUCACACCCGAGGGGCAGGGCGGCCGCAACCUGCUCGACAUCAGCGCCUACCAGGAGAUCUACCCUGGAUCCAAGAUCACGCACUUCAAAAAGAUCCACAAGGACAGCGCCGUGCCGUACGAGGACAUGUUGUUCUUUGACAACGAGAAGUGGAACUGCACCGAGUGCUCGCGACUGGGCAUUGUGUGCGUCUACACGCCGCGAGGCCUUACGCGGGAGGCGUGGGACCGCGGGCUAGCGGACUUUGCCACCGCGCAGGCCAGCAGGCAGCAGUGAUGGCGAGGCGAGGGACGCGUACGCAAGCAGGGCUGCCUGCGAGCUGUAGGAUUGGUGCUUGAAAGGACCGGGUUGAAUGCGUCAGCGUCAAUGGUGUAUACCGUACGCGCGCACACACCUGCGUGCGAGCAUAAGAACACGGAGUUGUGUGAAGGGUUAGAGGAUGGAGUGUUGGCGAGCGCGGUUGGCGAGCGCGGUUGCCGUCGUCCCCGCCACGUGCACAUGACGCAGACGGUAUUGCUCAGGGUUGGUGAUUUGCCUGGUUAGCGACGAUUCAAACUUGCUUGGUUGGAAUGGUACGGGUACGCGGGGGAAUACCACGCGCCAAGGGAAAGGUGGGGCAAGGCGUUGACGUCGCGUGCCGGUCGGUCCUUUCUGCAGACGCCGCGUUAUAGGCGCGGUGUUAAUUGGUGUUAAUUCCAGUAUGCGUAAAGGCCAUUAUGCAACACAGUAUCACCAUUGUUGAUUUGACUUGAGGC